AUGUUGGGGGAAGCAGUCAGGAACGGACGCAUUGCCCUGCUACUGGUCGGGGGAGAUCAUAUCGAAUUGUCACAUCUUCAGUUCGUAGAUGAUACCAUUUUCUUCUGUCCUCCAGAGACAGAAACCAUUCUGAAUUAUAAGAGGCUGUUGAGGUGCUUUGAGCUGAUGUCUGGUUUGAGCAUCAACUUUGAUAAGUCAAAUCUAAUCUCGGUAAAUUGUGAGCAAGGAUGGGUUGAUCAGGCAUGUGGCCUCCUGGGAUGCAAGCAAGUUGUCUUACCUGUGAGGUACCUUGGGAUUUCUCUAGGAGCAAACCCGCGCCUGGUGAAGACUUGGAAAUCGAUCAUCGAUAAGGUGGAAGCGAAGCUUAGCUUAUGGAAAGCAAAGGUACUCAACAAGGCAGGUAAGCUUGUCCUAAUUAAAUCAGUGUUGAAUAGCCUGCCAAUGUACUACCUUAGUCUGUACAAGAUGCCGAAGGCAGUUGCUGAUAAGCUGAUUGCACUACAGAGGCAAUUUUUGUGGUGUAAAGAGGAUGGAACUUAUGGUAUACCCCUCGUUAAGUGGGAGCUGGUUCAGGCACCAAAAAAGGUUGGGGGCUUGGGUGUUGGGGAUGCAGUGCUUAGAAACACAAGGCUCCUGUUUAAAUGGUGGUGGCAUUUCUCAAAGGAGGAUUACCCAUUGUGGAAGAAAAUUGUUUGUUCAUGUUACAAUUUGAACCCGAAUGUGAUGCUAGCUUACCAUCCCUUCUCAGAAAAUGGAGGGCUCUGGAAAGACAUAUGCCAAUUGAAUAUAAAAGAACAUCGAGUAAGACAAAAAAAUGGUUAG